AUUGAGGUUAGAAACGUGUUGAAAACUGCAAAACAACAUCAAAAUAAGUGGAUAACUGCAUUUUGCACUUCUUUAGUGCCUUUUAUCCUCUAUAUCUAUGAUGUUGUAAAGCAUUUGCAUGUAUUCUUAGUUUGAAAGCAAUGAAUGUAUCAUUUUCUCCUCGUUUUUUAAACAAUAUAUAUUUCAAGCACAGUUGGUAUAAACACAGAUUACAGCUUUACAGGUUAUUUUGUAGUCAUAAGACAUGUAGCAACCACUCACCAGAUACUUCCAACGUCUUAGAGCCAGAGCUAGAUCGAAAAACUAAAUUUAAACACAAAUUACUGGAGGGGCCAAAUUUAAAAGACUUCUUCAAAGAUGAACACUUAGCCAGCCAAGAACAUCUACCGGAAGAAGAAGUUGCACCAUAUCUUCGUUUUUCUCCAAAAACCAAUAUAAAAAGAAAGGUUUACUUAGAUGUGUAUGGUUGUCAAAUGAAUGUAAAUGAUGCCGAGAUAGUAUUGGCUAUCUUGAAAAAUAAUGAUUUUGAACCUACUAAGGACCUCAUUGAAGCUGAUGUGAUCCUUAUACUAACUUGUGCGAUCAGAGAUAGUGCUGAAGAAAAAAUAUGGGGUAGACUUGGUUUUCUAAAAGGUUUAAAAAGGACAAGGAAGAAAGAUAGGCCAAGUCUUAAAAUAGGAUUGUUAGGGUGCAUGGCAGAGAGACUGAAAACCAAAGUUUUAGAAACUAGUGACAUGGUUGACCUUGUAGCUGGUCCUGAUAGUUAUAGAGAUCUUCCCAGAUUACUUUCCCUUACAGAUACUGACCAGAGAUCUGUAAAUGUACUGCUAUCUUUGGAUGAAACAUAUGCUGAUAUAUCGCCGGUGCGUUUAAAUGAAAAUUCGAUAUCUGCAUAUGUAUCAAUAAUGCGAGGUUGUGAUAACAUGUGUACUUACUGCAUAGUCCCAUUCACUAGAGGGCGCGAGCGUUCAAGGCCAGUGUCAUCCAUUUUGAGGGAGGUGGAGCAGUUGUCAGAAAAGGGUGUUAAGGAAGUUACUCUUCUUGGUCAAAAUGUUAAUAGUUACAGGUUGAUUAGAAGUAGAAAUAAUAAUUAUGUACAUGUUUCUAGAGAUAUAUCGACUGACACGAAAAUAGACAAUGUAACAACCUUGGCAAAAGGAUUCAAAACUGUUUAUAAACCGAAAAAGGGAGGUUUACGUUUUGCAGACUUACUGAACCGUGUAGCUGCGGUAAAUCCGGAAAUGAGAAUCAGAUUCACUUCACCUCAUCCCAAGGAUUUCCCUGAUGAAGUUGUUGAGGUGAUUCGUCAACAUUCGAAUGUAUGUAAAAACUUACACAUGCCUGCCCAGUCUGGCAACAGUGUAGUAUUGGAGCGGAUGCGUCGUGGUUAUACGAGAGAAGCUUACUUAGAACUAGUGAGAAGCAUUCGUCUGAAAUUACCAGAUGUAGCACUGAGCAGUGACUUCAUCUGUGGCUUCUGUGGCGAAACGGAUGAGGAGUUUGAAGAUACCCUUUCUCUGAUGGAGGAAGUGCGAUACAAUCAAGCUUAUCUGUUUGCCUACAGUAUGCGAGAACGAACAACGGCACAUAGACGGUUCAAGGACGAUGUACCUCCAGAUGUGAAACAACGCAGAUGUUUAAAGAGAAAUAAGAUCUAGAUCGACGUGAUGCCAGAAUGCAGGUGGUUAGGCAUAACAUCACAUCAACAAAAAACUAGAAAAAUGAAGAUCUAGAGUAGUCUGUUUUAUUAAAGAUUGGAGCGCAUGAUACAAUUAUACCGCCAGCAUGCGUUAAAACUAAACAGUGCUCAAGUUGGUAAAAACCACCUUGUUCUAAUAGAAGGUCUUAGCAGGAAGUCCAAGCAAUAUUUUCAAGGUAGAAAUGAUCAAAACGUUAGAGUGAUAUUGCCAGCUAAUGAGAUGGUACCUUUCAAAGAUGGUGGGGGAGCAAGGGAGAUAAGAACAGGGGAUUAUGUUGCAGUUUACGUGAAUGCCGCCAAUUCGCUAACAUUGAAAGGUAUCCCCUUAUAUCUUACCAGUGUCGAAGAUUUUUAUUUGGAUAGGAACUUACAACACUAUGCUGUACAAAUAUAAUUUGUAGUGUAUAAAAUAAAUGUAUGCAAUAUCAG